CGGGUAUCGGUCAAUGCGAGCGAAAAGGUGGAAUCACGACCCUGUCUCUGUCUCUCUCUCUCUCAGCUAACGUUUCCGACCGAUCAAAACUCAUAAGCAACAAGAAAGCGGGUGGGAGGAUAUGGAAGAACAUCAACUGCAACAGAGCAACAAAGAUGAUGAUGAGGAGGAGUUCUAUGAGAAGAUUGAAGCGCCUAAGUAUGUGGACUUCACUGUUCCCGAUCUACCUCUUCCCGACGAUCGUUCCUGGUUUUGUUUGCGUGUUGGAUGCAACCAAAAGCAUGAAGAAGAAGACAUGGAUCCUGACGUUCUAUAUAAAAGUUUUGUUCUUCGGGUAUUGGCAGCAAGGAGCCCCAACUUAAAACUUCAUAAGGAAUUAAGUAGACAAGCUCCACGGGAAAAUACUAAAUACCCCCAAUCAGCCCCUGCAAAAUCUUCCAAGAAUAGAAUAUCAAGAUUGACUGCAAUUGCAUUGGCUUCUCAAAAGAUGGGUGACAAAAAAUUGAAACUUCAUCCUAUAUCUAGGCUUAAAUCAGCCUCAAAUAUGAAGGCUACGCAAUCUUCUGUUAAUGCAAAGGCUUUGACAACUCCUAGGUAUAAAAAAUGCCUCCAAGGUUCAGAUCCCUUUCGUAGUGCUCAGAACCCAAAAACAACUGUUUCAUUGACAAAGAAUAGAGUGGUCUCAAAGGCCCUGAUAUUCCACACUCCAAAGAAAAGUGAAAAGGUGAAAAAUUCGUUAACAGAAUUGCGUGCACAGAUGAAGAAGCUUGAUAUAACCAGUCAAAAAAAGCAGGGGCGUUCGCGCAUUGUAUCAUCAAGGUACAAUACUUGCAAUACUAAAAGCAAAGGUGAGGUUUCAUUUGUUUCUUAUGGUUCCAAGGAUGGCAAGGCUGUAAAAUCUUCAAAAUGUCUGAAGACCAAAAACAAAGCCAAUUUACCGAGAUGUAAUCAAUCCAUGCCUCAAGAACGUAUUGAUUCUGAUUACAUUAGUGGUAUGGAGAUAGAUGGAAAAUCAAGGGAUGGCUCCUCAGAAGUUUGUUCUGUAUCAGGUAGUUCCGGAAAUAUUGAAGAACCUGGUCAUGUUAAGCUCCUCAUCAUUGCUAAGACCUCAGAAAAUUUAGGUGCAACUCCUACUCAAGAUGAAACAACUCCAAUUGGGGAGAAUUCAUUAGCAAGUUCAAGCAAUGUAACGGCCUUGCUUUCCAAUUUGGAGGAGACUUUGAAAGAGAAAUGUCCCGAAAUUCAAACUUCAAAAGCGGGAAAUUCAAGCCUUGGGAAAAGGGAGCAUGAUGAGGAUGUAGGAUUGAACUAUGAGGACAGGAAAGAUUCAGAAUGUGAUACUCCCAAAAGCCAAAAUCCCAACGGAGCAGGAGUUGAGAAUUCCACCAUGGAAAGUGAUGAUAAAGAAAAUGCUUCAGUGUCUUGUGAUAACAGAGAGAUUAAAGUUGAUAUUGACCACUCUAAACUGAAGAUCCUAAGCAAGCAUGAGGCUCAUGACAAGUCUCAGAAGCUCAUAAGGGAUUGCUCUGCUUCUGCUGCUAUUGCUGCCCAAAAGAACAAUAAAACAAAGUCAACAAAUCCUAAACCUUUCCGAUUAAGGACUGAUGAAAGGGGCAUUCUUAAGGAGGCAAACCUGGAUAGAAGGUUGCAUCUUCUUGAUCCUUUCAAAGAAAAUGCGGAAGUUAAAUGGCUACCUACUGGAAGCUUGCAUAAAAGGCAUAUAACGCAGACUCGACAAACUGAUAGGUCCCAUGGAGGCAACCAAACUGGUUUAGAAAAAAGAGUUCAAAAGCUGAAAGAUGCGUACCUUAAAACAUCAAAAUGUGCAACAGAGACAAAUGUGGUGUCAACUAUUCGACAACGACAGAAGCUUAUGACGACUCAGCUGGAAGGUGCUAAGGAGGAAAUAUGUCGAAAAGCAGAGAGCAGCUCAAAAAAGACUAAAUCACAUUUUUUGCGGCCUCAAAGAAUGGCUCCAGCAAGCAAGGCAACAGUUCCAGAAGAAACUGCAUCAGCAAUCUCACAACCCAAGGAAUUAGUAGAGCCAAUUCUGUACAAUGGCACCCCAAACACUAUCAGUAAAGCAGCAGCUAUAAGGUCAGGAUUAAUGGUCAAAAGACCUGCAAAAAUUCCAAAGGAACCGAACUUUCACAGUGUUCAUGUACCAAAGAGUUGCACAAAGAAGCUGCCCAACGCAAUCGCUUCAUGAUUUUUUUUUUUAUUAUCUUUUGCUCCUUCUGUAAUUUAUAUUUUAUGUUGUUCAAUUAUUUCAUUGAAUUCUCUUUGUUUUGUUUCCAAAAAGCAAGCAGUGUGGAAACAAAUUCUAGUGUCAUUGUGUGUGCUCGAUUGAUCAUAAGGAAUCCACAUCUAGUCAUUGGUUCAAGUAUCUAGGAUCAAAGUCUAGUGUCUAGAUUUAGAAUGACUGUGUUUGUAUUUCCAGCAGAUUUUAUCAGUCCUAUCCAGGUGUGGUGUAUGAACAAAAUUUGAUGUUCAGGUUCUCAAUAGAAGGGGGGCUAUGCUAGUUUUGCUUGGCAAAAA